AUGUCUAAGAAGAGGGGCCUUUCCUUGGAGGAGAAGCGGGAGCAAAUGCUUCAAAUAUUUUACGAGAGUCAAGACUUCUAUCUGCUUAAAGAGCUUGAGAAGAUGGGUCCUAAAAAAGGAGUGAUCAGCCAGUCUGUUAAGGAUGUUGUGCAAAGCCUGGUGGAUGAUGAUCUUGUCUUGAGAGACAAAAUAGGAACUUCUGUGUACUUUUGGAGUCUUCCCAGUUGUGCCGGAAAUCAGCUGAGGACUACCUACAACAAGCUGGAGUCUGACCUUUCAAACUCUAAAAAACGUUACAUGGAGCUUCUUGAGCAGAGAGACGACUUGAAAAGAGGCAGGGAAGACACUGAUGAGAGAGAAGACGCUUUGGAGGAGCUGAAGGCUGUAGAGCUACGCCAUAAGAAGUUAAAGGAAGAACUAGCUGCCUAUGCUGAUAGUGAUCCAUCUGCACUAGAGGCGAUGAAGGACGCUACUGAGGUUGCCCAUUCGGCAGCUAACAGAUGGACAGACAACAUCUUCACUUUGCAACAAUGGUGUUCAACUACAUUCCCGCAAGCAAAAGAACAGCUUGAACACAUGUACAAGGAGGUGGGCAUAACUGAAGACUUUGAGUAUCUGCAGUAA